UACUUUCUUGAGAUACUACUCACUACAUAGAGAUCAUAUCUUAUCUUUAUAUUAAAGAAACAAAAACUUUCCUUUUUUGCCUCAGGUUCUUUUUAUAAAUAGGGAUUUGCUCUGCUUCUUCCACAUAUUUUUCUCUUAAGAGGAAGAAGAAUUUUGAGUACUUUUCUUGUUUAACAUGGAAGCUCCAUUGUCAACUUGGCCAUGGGAUAACUUGGGAUCUUUCAAGUAUUUACUUUAUGGACCAUUUGUUGCAAAAUGGUUAUACUCAAGAUCUCAAGAAGACAACAUCAAGGAAACAUGGUGUCUACAUAUUCUCAUAAUAUGUAUUCUUAGAUGCACCAUGUAUAGUGGCUGGAAUUCUUUCAGCAACAUGUUGUUCUUAACUCGAAAUCGAAUAAUAAUCAAGGAAGGUGUUGAUUUCAAGCAAGUUGACCAUGAAUGGGACUGGGAUAAUUUCAUAUUGCUCCAAGCUAUCAUGGGUUCAUUAGGUUUCUACAUGCUUCAAGACAUAGUCAAUCUUCCUUUAUGGGAUUUGAGAGGAUUCUUGGCUAUUUUAGUUCUCCACAUAGCAAUUUCAGAACCCCUUUAUUAUUUCUUGCAUAAAUGCUUUCAUGGAAGCUAUUUAUUCAACAAUUAUCAUUCACUUCAUCAUUCUUCACCUGUUCCCCAACCCGCUACAGCUGGUCAUGCUACACCUUUGGAGCACAUAAUAUUAGGUGCAAUAAUUGGAAUUCCAAUUCUUGGAUCUUGUCUCAUGGGAUAUGGAUCAUUAACUAUGAUUUAUGGUUAUGUGUUGAUAUUUGAUUGUCUAAGAUCUUUGGGACAUUGCAAUUUUGAAAUUAUUCCUCAUCAACUCUUUCAAGCAAUUCCUUUUCUCAAGUAUAUGAUCUACACCCCAACGUAUCACAGCCUACACCACACAGAGAAGGGGACCAAUUAUUGCCUCUUUAUGCCACUUUUUGAUGUGUUAGGGAACACACUUAACCCUAAAUCAUGGGAGAUGCACACAAAAAUAAGUGUUGAAUCAGGUAAAAAUGGGAGGGUGCCGGAUUUUGUAUUUUUGGCACAUGUAGUGGACAUGACUUCUUCAAUGCAUGGAGUAUUUGUAUUCAGAUCAUUUGCUUCAACUCCAUUUUGCACAAGGCUCUUCUUGCUUCCCUUCUUGCCCAUUGCUUUUGUGACUAUGUUCUUUAUGUGGGCAUACUCUAAGGUCUUUUUGGCCGCUUUUUAUAACUUGAGGGGUCGAUUGCAUCAAACUUGGGUGGUUCCUCGCUUUGGUUUCCAGUAUUUCUUGCCAUUUGCAGCUGAAGGUAUUAAUAACCAAAUAGAGCAGGCAAUUCUCAGAGCCGAUAAAUUGGGUGUCAAAGUUAUCAGUCUUGCCGCAUUGAACAAGAAUGAGGCACUAAAUGGAGGAGGGACAUUAUUCGUGGACAAACAUCCUAACCUUAAAGUGAGAGUUGUUCAUGGAAAUACAUUAACAGCAGCAGUUAUACUUAAAGAAAUUCCAGAUGAAGUAAAAGAGGUUUUCUUAAGUGGAGCCACUUCUAAACUUGGUAGAGUUAUUGCUCUUUACCUUUGUAGAAGACAAGUUCGUGUUCUUAUGUUAACUACGUCAACUGAAAGAUUUCAAAAGAUACAAAAGGAAGCUCCUGUUGAAUAUCAGAAAUACCUAGUCCAGGUGACAAAGUAUCAAGCUGCCAAAAACUGCAAGACAUGGAUAGUUGGAAAAUGGAUUACACCAAGAGAGCAAAGUUAUGCGCCAUCAGGAACUCAUUUUCACCAAUUUGUGGUUCCUCCAAUUUUGGCAUUUAGAAGAGAUUGUACUUAUGGUGAUCUUGCAGCUAUGAGAUUACCUGAAGAUGUUCAAGGAGUUUCUUCUUGUGAGUAUACAAUGGAGAGAGGGGUAGUCCAUGCAUGCCAUGCUGGAGGGGUGGUGCAUUCAUUAGAAGGAUGGACACAUCAUGAAGUUGGGGCUAUUGAUGUAAACAGAAUUGACUUAGUUUGGGAAGCAGCUAUGAAACAUGGUUUUAAGCCAGUGUCAUUUCUCAAAAAGACAGAUUAAUUAAUUAUUUCCAAUUGUGAAAUCAUGAAAAAGCCCCCAAUAGCCACACAAAAAAUAAAUACUAGACAAAAAAAGAUUCUUGGAAUUCUCUCUUAUAGUGAGAAAGAAAGAGAGAGACAGACAGAAAAAAAGGGGUUGUCUUAGAAUUCAUUAAUUUACUCAAUUCAAAGAGAGAAUUUUUAUGAUUUAUAAAUGCAUAUAUAGAUUGUUAUAUUAUACAUGAGAUACUAAAUCUUUGAAUUCCAAAUUUUUUGUUGCCCA